UCCAGUUUCUGCUGGCGUCGCGUCCAUCAUCUUCUUCCUCCGCCUCCACCUCUGCAUAUCUUUGUAUCGCCACGGAGGAUCUCAUUCCUUUUCGUAAUGAGCAUGAGUUUGUGGGAAGUUGUCGAAACCCCCUAUUUCAGCGGGUUUGGUUUUUCUUCGACGAAUCGGUUCUGCAACGGACCGAACCAGAGACGACCGAACCAACAUCAGCCGACAAACCGGGUCGGGUUGCUUUCGGCUUCCUCUUCUUCCCAGUAAAACCCGUAGUCAUCUAAGAAACAGCUCUGCCUUUCACUUCCUCCCCAUCGAUCGUCGAUUCGGGUGAAGAGGAGGAACAUCGAUCGAUUCGAUGCCCCCAGACCCCUUGAUUUGCUCUUGAGGCGUCGAUUCGGAGACAUGAGCCCGGAAGAGAUCGGGACGGCGGCGAUCAAGCGCGCCAUCGUGGCGCUCCGAAAGCGGCAUUUGCUCGAGGAAGGCGCCCACGCUCCGGCCAUCAACGCCCUCUCCAGACCCCUCGUCGCCCAGGGCUUGGAGUGGAAGGAAAAAGCUGAAAACCUUGAGCUGGAACUGCAACAAUGUUACAAAGCUCACACACGGUUAUCUGAACAGCUUGUGGUAGAAAUUGCAGAAUGCAGAGAAUCAAAAGCCCUUGUUCAAGAGAAAGAAGAAUCAAUUAAUAAUUUGCAAAAUGACAUCUCACUAGCAAGGGAAGAAAACCUACAAAUUAAGCAGGACCUAGAUGAAAAGACAAAAGCUUUGGAUUUGUUAAUGAGUGAAAACCAGUCACUCAAAGCACAACUUGAGGAGAUUAGAUUGAAACUGAAAAAAACAGAGACUGAGAACAAGGAUUUAAUUGAUCGUUGGAUGCUUGAGAAGAUGAAUUCUGCAGAAAAGCUAAAUGAGGCAUAUUGCAUACAAUUAUCUUCCAUAGAGCAUUAGGACUUGUUCGGCCCAAGGAUGUUGAGUGUGGACACUUCGAGCUCACCUAUGUUCGUUGUGGAGAUCAUGAGAUUGAAUAGAAGAUAGAUGAAAAGAUUGACCAGUUCAUUGGUUGGGUAGAGAAACAUCCAAACAGAAAAUGCCAGGUAUGCUUAUCUUUUUACGAGGUCAAAAACAAGCAUGCAACAUGGUUUGGGAACAAAAUUGAGCGCCUUUAUUGGGAGCAGUGGUAUAUCAAUUUACAUGUGUUAAACCCUAAAUCUCAUGGUAAAUCUCAUUAUACCAAAGCACCCGUAAGCACUGGAGAAAAUGCAUCUGAAGAGAGCAGUUCGAGACAUGCUGCCUUAGAGUCAUCAUUAUGUGAAGUCUUGUUUCAAAUUAUAAGAUUUGCUGAUGAGAAAAAAGACCACAUUCCAACUGUACAAAACUCUGAGAUUAUAUCAUUUCCAUUUGGGAUCUCAACUCCAAGGUUGCUUUGUCCGGACACCAUUCUCUAUGUCCUAGUAGCCACAAUGCUUGAUUUAGUGCAUUAAGUGAAUUAGAUUCUACACAACUCGAUCUCCAGGUAACACCUUUUCUCGACAUGUUCGACAGUUCAUCAGACUCCUCUUUUGGUUGGCAUGCUGAUGUGCUUAAGAGGAUGCUGCAGACUGGACAUCCUUCCAUGCUCAGUUGACUUUAAAAUUAUGCAGGCGUUUAUACUCGGUGGUGAAUGAAGCUGAAGAGAAGGGGCAUUUUGUCCAUUGAUCUUGUACAUAACCCUUGGACAGGCCUAUUAAAUCCUCAUCAUUUGUUGCAGUUUCCUGAACUACAUCUAAGGCAUCAUGGCAGACUACAAUUGCCCCUGCACUUCAGUGUGAGUAUCAAUGCCAACUUAUAAUGUGGCUAACAAGUUAUAUCAUGAUAUGCACUACAUACUUUUGCUCAAAUGUUCAUUCGUCUGUCUCGGUUGCUCGCCGUGUUUCAUAUUGCUCUUUAACUUGUUUCAUCUGCAAGUUUAAGUAUGACUUUUCGUGCACCAAA